GCGAAACACUUUGUUCUAAAGCCAAGUUUAGGGGAAAAUGCCUUUUCUUCCUUCGAAAACAACCUAUGUUCGUCCUUUACGUGAAAAUAAUGAUAAUACUGAUUGUCAGAGGACAUUUGCUUCUCCUAUGUGUAACAAAAUCCAGCAGUUUGAAGUUUCUGAAAAUGGCAAUGUAAUUGGUUUCAAUGGAGAAGUUAAUUUGGAAAAUAUGGAUGAAGUAAAGAAAGUAUACUUGGAGAAUCUGAAUUCUAUUCAUUCUAAAUUGUUUUCUGGUGUUGAAGAAAUUCAGAAAUGGAAAACUUCUGUUGAAAUGGAAAGCAAGCAGAAGAAUAAAAAAAUAGAAGAAGUUUUACAAACCUUAGAAGUGCAAAGAAAAACUAUAUUAGAUUUACAGCUGGAAAAUGAAAACCUUAGUUACCAACUUAGUGAAGAGAUUCAACAAAGGAGUUUUGUAUUAGAAAAGCUACACUCCACUAAAGAAUUAUGUUCUGCUUUGAAAAAACAUUAUAAUACCCUACAAGGACAUUAUGAAUAUCGAAAUAAAAUAGAAGAGGGAUUUAAUAUUGCUGAUGCAAAAAGAUUGUCAGCAAUAGAAAAUCUGCAAAAUAAGUUUGAAAGAAUGUGUCGAGAACAUUCUGAGAAAGUUGGUUAUUUGAAUGAUGCUUUGGCCUCUGAAACAAAUAAAGCAUUGAAUUUAAAGGAAACUUUAGAACAACAGAUGGCAAUAUUUGAAAAUGAGAAAGAGUCCCUUUGUAGAAUGAUUGAAAAUCUACAGCUAGAAAUGCAAAGGAUUUCUAUAGAAAUUGAUGAAGAAAGGAAAAAAUCUAAACUUGUGAUUGAAGAAAAAAAUGCUCAAGUUAAUAAACUUGAAGAUUUAAUUGCAAUGUAUUCAUCUAAUCUAAAGAAAAUAGAAGAGACUUCACAAAUAACUCUGAAUGAAAAACUAGAAUUGGAACAAAAGCUUUUAUCUGAAAAGACAAAAAAUGAUAAUUUUGUGAUGGAAUUGAAUCAAUGUUUAGAAAUUGCAAAACUACAAGAAAAGGAAUCAGAAAAAAAGAUAUCAGCUUUGAAUGAAACUGUUUUAUCAUUGGAAGAUAAAAUUUGUAACAUUGAAGCCAAAAUGGACAAAGAAAAGCAAAGCAAAGAAUUUUUAAUAUCUUCCAUUUCAAUUCUCGAGAAAGAAAAAAACAAUUUGGAAUCAAUGAUUUCUGAAGCAAAAGAUGAAUUAACUUCUUAUGAACAGCUGAAAAAUGAAUAUAGAGCUUUGGAAGAGCAAAUAUCUCAGUUUUCUGAGAAAGAAAAAUGUUUUAAUAUUACUUUAGAAAAUUUGAAUGAGGAGCUUCUGCAGUACAAAUCAGAAAAAGAAAGAGACUUUGUGUUAUGUAAUGAAAAAGAAGAAAAUUUGAAGAAAAUGAUUCAAGAAUAUAAAACCAAAAUAGUUGAAGCAGAUGAAAAAUUAAAAUCAGUUGAAAAAAGUAAUGCUGAACUUCUACAUAAAAUAGCUAUAUUAGAAAAGGAUUCAAGUGCAAAAACUGAUGAAAUAUUCGUUCGAGAUGAAAAGGUAUUGAACUUGGAAUUUACAGUCAAUUCUUGUCAAGAACUAUUGGAAAGUCUGAGAUGUGAAAAUAUCUCUCUAAAAGACAAAAUUGAAGCAGAAAAAGUUGCUACUUGUUUAGAAUGUGAACAACUUGCAACUCAGCUAAAACAAAUGGAAAAUCUUAACAUAACUCUUCAAAAAGCUGAAGAAGCACUUCAGAAACAAAAAACAGAAAACAUGGAAAUCAUGAAGAUGUUAAAUGAUGCAGAGGAUAGCUAUAAUAAUGAUAGGAUAACUAAGGAGAAAGAGAUUAUAAAAUUUCAAGAACAAGUUCGUAGACUUGAACAGGAAAUGAGAAUUAUGAAUGUCAAGGUUGAAGAAUUCCACACAUUAAAAUCCUUAAAUCAGAAACAGAAAGAUGAAAUUGAGGAAUUGAAACUCAGAAUUACCAAACAAGAAGAAGAGUUGAAUGAAUUGAAAUCUGAAAAGGAAAAAUUAAAAGGAAAUCUAGAAAACUUCAAAUAUUUUACAGGUAAUGAAGUGACUUUAAAUGAAAAUAAAGAGAAUACCACUGGAUCAAUAAAAAUGGAAGGCCAAAAUGAAAUGCGUGAAACUAACAAGAAUAAAAGAUCAAAAGUUCAUACAGGAAAGAAAAAAAGAAAAACAAAAAAUCAGAACCAUCUACAAAAUAAAAGUUUGGAAAAAGACUCUAUAUUCUCUGGACUCAAAGAAGGUGUAUGUGAGAAGAAGGAUACUGUAAAAAUACCCUCCCAAAUACUGAAUGAUGAUAUUGAUUCAACAAGCUCUGGUGAAACUGAUUUUGGAAAAAAUACUUCAAAAGCUCCCGAGACAAAACUUAAGGAUGAUGUUGCUGUGUCAAAAUAUCUUGAUUCUUCAAAAAAGAAUGAAAAAUCAACAUUAUUAAAUAUGGAAAAAAAUAAAUGGGAAGUAGAUUCAAGUGGAUCAGAAUAUUUAGAAUUAGCCUUCGACAAGGAUUCUGAAAAAUUUAUGGGCUUGACUCCAAAAAAGUCACCAUUUUCUAAUAGUAAGCUUGACUCAUCAGCUACAAACAAAUCCUCUUCCUCUAACUCUAGAUUGAAAAGGGAUAACCAGUGCGUAAAUGCAGAUAAUCAUGCAAAGAAAUUUGGACUGCCAUUAAAGAAAAAUAAAACUGAAUUAGGGCAUCCUGUAUGGACACAAUCAAUAAUGACACCAGAAAAAAAUACCGAUUUUUGGAGAGUUAAAGAAAAUCUACAAAUGAAAAAUAUGUCAGCAUUUAAUACACCAUCUACACCUGCGGAUAAAAGAAAAAUAUUCAGCAACACAUCAACUCCAUCUAACCAAAGAAAAUUUUUUAAAACUCCUUUAUCUGACAGAGAUAACAAGUUUAAAAAACCUACAUCUCAAGCAGCAUGGUCUGAUUUUCUGAAAUCUUCAAAGUAAUAAUUUGUAGGAUUAUAUUGAUUGUUAAUAUUUAUUUCUUGAUGAAUAGUCACAAAACACUUUGUAAUAAUAAAUGAGAGAAACACAAUGU